AUGUCUGCGUCAAUUUCUGUUGUUGAUCAGUCAAUAGUUAGUGAAGACAUCAAUAAAACUGAAAACAUUAAUAGCAACAACACUGCUAAUUCUACUAAGCCGCCGCGUGGAAUUAAUUUUAAAGUUAUAUUUCAUCCUGGUUUACACGUGGAUCAUUGUGGGAAAUAUGGGAAUAGGAAAGUGUACCGUUUAAACGGUCAAGUAGGGCCUCAUGAAUCUCCAAUCAUAUUGACGGAUCCAAGAUUGACUACCACGCAGAGGAAGCCUCGACUGAGGCAAGAAUUAAAGCAGGGACUGGAAUUAACAGAAUUUCUGUAUGAUAAAAAUUCACGCGGUCCUCCACCACCCACAUCAAUUCUCCUCUCUAAUCUACCGGUGAUGAAAGAAAGCACAAUCAAGGCCAUGUUCCUAGAAUAUGGUCGAGAUCUGGACAUACAAUUAGAGAAUAAUCCGAUUACUGGCGGAUUUAUAGGCUUGGCGAGGAUUACAUACAUAGGGGAAAAUCCGAGAACUGCUGCACGGAGGGCCGUAGAAAAAGGAAAUGGACGGCGCAUUGGUAGUAACAAUGUAGUGGUUGAAUUUGACCCAGAUGGAUCCAAGUUAAGACAAUCAAAACAAAGAAAAAUUACACCAUCUUCACAUAAUAAUGAUGAUGACAUGGAGAUUGGUGACGCUCCGAUACCGCCAUCAAUACCACAACUGUCACCUCCAUCUUAUCCAUACAUAAUAUCCUCUUACGCUGUGCCGCCCAUCCAAAGAAUGAACGGAUCACCCCUUUCUUUAUACCCUAAUAGUCUGCCGAUGACGCAAACCAGAUUUUAUCCACAGAAAAGACCACCUGAGCGACCAUUCCAUACUUCGACUUCCUCUCCUCUUAACAAUAAACCAUAUUCUAAACAUGAUCCAAAUUCGCUUUACCAUUACAAUAAAGAGGACGGCGAAAUUGAUCCAUACUAUGAUGAUGAUCGAAGACAUGAUCAAUAUCGACAUCAACCGACAAUUUCACGUCCUAGAUCACGAGAAGAUGAUCUGCAUAUAUCCGGUAAUGACAUUAGAGAUCGUUAUGAUAGAUGGCAGGCGCCAAGUAGAAGAGACCUUGUUUACUCAGCACGUCCGCAGAUGAAUGAUGAUUGGUCUCGUGACAGCAACUAUAAACACCCACCGCCGCUGCCGCCUCCUGCCAAUCGAAGUCGAAAUCCGUCAGAACCUAGUUUUAGUCGAAAUAGAAGUCGUAGCAGCAGUAGAACAAGAGAAUCUUCUAAUAAACGUGCUAAAGAUCAAGAAAGGCCUUGUGAAAAUGAGGAUACUCAUCCGAAGCAUUACAAUAGCUUCGACACAUCCAAUAAAUCUUCUUGGUUAGUGACCAUAUCACAUUCGAGUCUACCUUUUUAUAAGGCGAAGAUAGUGGAUCUAAAACGCCAUUUUGGAUCCUAUAGUUUUGAGAGAAUAACUCAAGACGAUAAAGAAUGGUGUGUUUAUUUCGCAACAGAAUCCCAGGCUCGUCAUUUUUUUAAAGAAAAUAACAAGAAGCGGGUGUUUGAUUGUGAAAUCCACUUGAACCUUUAUCAUCAAAACAAAAAACUCGACCAUUCAUCUUCUUCAUCUCACUAUAGUCGAGAGAAACAGAGCAAAAGUAGUAUUUUGGUAUCAUUAUUGUCAUCACACAACAAUGCCGACAAUAUACAAAAAAGAGAAGAACAAUCUUUUAACAAUGCUCCUGUUCCGCCUCCGCAUCAACUGACAGACGUGUCUCAGAUUUUGCAGCAGUCCACCAAAAUACUCAUUGGCGAAUUAUCCGAGGUUUUUCAAAAGGAUAUAAAGAAUAAGUUUGUCGGCAAAUUCAUUUUUGAUUAUCUCACACCAAAGAUCCAAGAGCGAAAACAGCAGCGACUGACAAAAUUAAAAUCCAAGAACGAGGAGAAAAAGCAACAACCGGAAAUAGGUACUAGAGAAUUAUCUGAACUUGGGCCUUUUGAAUCAAAAUAUACAAUGUUGCAUUCUGCAAAGCUGCCCUCGAAAUCAAAUGGGAAUGGAUUGCGGGAUUAUGAUUUGAAAUUCCGAAAGAGUGAUAGUGAUUUCCGAGAUCGAAUGUCUAGUUAUAAUAAAGACCAAAAGAAGUCUUCAUCUACUGCUACCAUUCGUAGCAUAAAUAGUAAUAAAAGACCGCAUCCGAGCUCUAAAUAUGACAACAGCCGGUCUAGCAAAAAGAUUAAGGGCAGAAAAUCUCCUCUAUCAAAACGACCAGCUUUUGAAUUCACAGAUUCUGAGAGCGAAGACGAACAAGAAGAAAAGAAUGAAGAUCUAGCCACUUGUUCCAAUAAGCAAGAAGCGUCGUCUAGCUCUGAAGAAGGAGAGAUACACACAGACGAUGAACUAUUUCCAGAAAAUCAAAAAUCUCUACCCUCUAAACAAGAGUUACUCGAAAAAUCUAAACAUGCGCCUCUUAAAGUCGAAAAACCACGUCAUCAACAACAAAGAUUACGUGAUUAUUUAAGCGAGGAUGAUGACUCGGAUCCUAAAAAUUUUCUAGAAGAGUUCAAUAAACAUGAAUCUCAACGAGAACAAAAGAAUCAUUCUCCUGCUAAUGAAGAUUUAAUGAAUGUUGACAAAUAUGAACUUUUGACUGACGAUAUCAUCAAUAAAGUAGAUCGUCUGCCGAAGAGAAAAAAGAGACGUUUAUCGAAUCAGUCUUCAAAGACAAUAAAGCGGCUUACCAAAAGUAUUGAUUUCACCAGCAGCGAGAGUGAGGAGGAACCUGAAUUAAAACACAAGAAUGACACUGCUGUUAAGUCUACCAAGAAAAUCGUUAUUCCUAUGUUCAAAACAUUAGUUAUUACACAUACUGGUAGCGGUAAUGAUUCUAAAAGAAUAUCUUUAAUACAUCUGGACAAUAAAUCAAUAAUUCCUCCCAUUAAAUCAGAAGAGAAUAAUGAGCCAACUUUAGUGCUUACCGAUAUUGCUGAUGAGAGUGAAAAGAAUAGCUCAGAAAGUGAUCUUGAGGAUAGAGAAGAAAUCGACUCUGAGUGUCAGGAUGAUGAUAAAGCUAACUCAACAAGUGGUGACAAUAAAAAUAAUGAAGACGAUGAUAAUGUUGCAAUCGGUUAUGCUUCUGAUAAUGAAGCCGACAUUGAAUUUACAGAUACAUUUGAAUCCGCAGUUCCAAUGAGCAUAGAUCCAUACGAAUCGGUUGAGGAAUCUGACUUCGAUGAAGAAGAAGCUGAAGAACCUUCAUCUCCUGGUGAAGUCUGA